UCCACCUCACCACCCCGAUCUGGAGGCCGAGAGCCAGGCUCUGUUUAUGUGGGGGGAGCCGCUGGAGCGGACGCUAUGCUGCUGUGCUCUUUGGCCUUCACCCUCAUGUGGUUGGUGGCUUCUGGCCUCGAUGUGAAGGAAGUUUGUCUUGGAAGCCCUGGCAUCCCUGGUGCUCCUGGAUCCCAUGGCUUGCCAGGAAGAGAUGGGAGAGAUGGUAUCAAAGGAGACCCUGGACCUCCAGGCCCCAUGGGCCCCCCUGGAGGAAUGCCAGGCCUCCCUGGGCGUGACGGGAUGACUGGAGCCCCUGGCCUCGCUGGAGAGCGUGGAGAAAAGGGAGAGCCUGGUGAGAGGGGCCCUCCAGGGCUUUCAGCGUAUCUAGAUGAGGAGCUCCAGAGCACACUCCAUGAGAUCAGACAUCAAGUCUUGCAGUUCAUGGGCGUCCUCAGUUUGCAGGGGUCCAUGCUGGCUGUCGGAGAGAAGGUCUUCUCCACCAACGGGCAGUCGGCCAAUUUUGAUGCCAUUAGAGAGAUGUGUGCCAGGGUUGGGGGACGCAUUGCUGCCCCGAGGAGUCCAGAGGAGAAUGAGGCCAUUGCAAGCAUCGUGAAGAAGCACAACACUUAUGCUUACCUGGGCCUGACUGAGGGUCCCACUGCUGGAGACUUCCACUGCCUGGAUGGAGCCCCUGUGAAUUACACCAGCUGGUACCCAGGGGAGCCCAGGGGUCGGGGUAAAGAGCAGUGUGUGGAGAUGUACACAGAUGGCCAGUGGAAUGACAAGAACUGCUUGCAGUACCGACUGGCCAUCUGUGAGUUUUGAGCAGGCACCAAGGCCACAGGAUGGAUAGGGUCCUGCCUUGCCUUUCAGCCUCCACCCUGGGGAUGCACCUGGUCUGUGAGAUGCUACAACUCCUUUGUGGCAUUCUUGGCCACUCCACUCCCAGGUGGGCCCUUACUCCUCCCCUAUGAUCACUAAUCAGUCUGACUCCACCUGGAGCCCUUUCUCAGCAUUGCACUCUAGGCAGCCACUCUAACUUUACCCUUUGGCAAGAGACGGAGGCUUCUUUCUUCCUCGUCUUGUCCAGUUCCUUCAUUUAUAGAUGGCAAAAGUGAGGUCCGGGCGUGGAGGUUCCCUCCAGAAUCACACACAGGGAGCCUGCUUCCUGCCCCCCUCUGCUCUUUCUUUGUAGCCCAUUGCCUGCCCAGCCUUAUCAAGAUUUAACAGUUCUGCUCAAGCAUAAUGAUAGAUGGGUGGACUCCUGGGAAAUUCCAAAUGUGUGGAGCUAAGGAUACCUUUGGGACUAUCCAGCAGCCUGAGGUCUGUGAGGGCACAUCUGGUCAGGCUCUCCCUGAGGUGAUGCCCCAGCAUGGUGGAGGCCAACCCACCCCUAGUGACUGGCAUGUAUCACCCACUUGCUUGAGUCCUGGGGUGCCAGCUCAACUCCCUGACUUAAAAGCAGCCCGCCACACCUCUAGGGAAGAUCUCACGCCCCACCUCAGACAUUACCCAAGUAAUUUCCUGCUGAUGAACGUAUCCCCACCACUUCAGACCUCAGUGAGGUGUUUAUUGAGCAUAUACUAUAUACCGAGCACCUUGCCAAGCACUUCUUUUUUUCAAGAAAUUUUAUUGAGAUAUAACUGACAUACAAUA